AUGAUGGAAGGAAACGGAGCUGAGAACCCCUGCAGUAGAACAAUUGGAUGGCUUCAACAAGAUAAUGAUGCUAAGCCAUGGCUUUGGAAAUUCUCUAACUGCUUUUCUCGUCCUGAGCAAACGUUGCCACUUAGUCCCCAAACGAAAGAUUACAUGGAGAACAAGAAAGUUGCUGUGGAACUAAAGGAUGUACCAUCUCCCCUUCAUGCUGGCUCUAAACUUUUCCCAGCAGUCCCACUUCCAGAUAUCCACUCUCUUCAGCAACCUAAAGUACAGCUUUCAACUGUCCCCAAAGUAAGCUGCUGUGCCCAUUGCACUAAUGACCCUUCCACUUCGCCAGUGCGUUUUGGUGGUGGCAGUGGCGGAGGGACUGGUAGCUUGGUUCCCCCGGGCGCCCUGUUAGACUCGCAGAGCACCAGGACGAUCACGUGUCAGGUAGGGUCAGGGCUUGCUUUCCAGUCUGCACCUCCACUCCAGAACGCCUCAGCUAGGAACACCUUGGCCGGCGUUGCAAGCGACUUUCCCAGCAUGUGUCUAGAAAGUAACCUCUCUUCCUGCAAGCACCUGCCCUGUUGUGGGAAGCUGCACUUCCAGUCGUGCCAUGGUAACGCACACAAGCUGCAUCAGUUUCCAGCUCUCCAGGGCUGUUCUUCCUCUGCGGGCUAUUUCCCCUGUUCUGAUUUCACAAGUGGGGCUCCCGGGCACUUGGAAGAACACAUUUCACAGUCGGAGCUCACGCCUCACUUAUGCACCAACUCUUUGCACCUAAAUGUGGUACCUCCAGUUUGUUUAAAGGGCUCACUUUACUGCGAAGACUGUCUCAACAAGCCGGCAAGAAAUAGUAUAAUUGAUGCUGCUAAAGUCUGGCCAAAUAUACCACCUCCAAAUACUCAGACUGCACCUGUUACUGUUCCUCUGUGUAAUGGCUGUGGAACCAAAGGAACAGGAAAGGAGACCACGCUGUUAUUGGCGACCACUCUAGGCAAAGCUGCUUCGAAAUUUGGGUCCCCGGAAGUUACGCUGGCUGGACAGAUGCUAGAGAACUUACCCCCCAUUGGGGUUUUUUGGGAUAUUGAAAACUGCUCAGUCCCUUCUGGCCGCUCAGCUACUGCAGUUGUACAGAGAAUCCGGGAGAAGUUUUUUAAAGGCCACAGAGAAGCAGAAUUCAUUUGUGUAUGUGACAUCAGUAAAGAAAAUAAAGAAGUUAUUCAAGAGCUCAAUAAUUGCCAGGUAACCGUUGCCCACAUCAAUGCUACUGCAAAGAAUGCUGCUGAUGACAAGCUCCGCCAGAGCCUCCGAAGGUUUGCAAAUACUCACACCGCUCCCGCCACUGUGGUUCUUGUGUCAACUGAUGUCAAUUUCGCAUUGGAACUUAGUGACCUGAGACACAGGCAUGGUUUCCAUAUAAUUUUGGUCCAUAAAAACCAGGCCUCAGAAGCACUGCUGCAUCACGCCAACGAACUGAUCAGAUUUGAAGAAUUCAUUUCUGACCUGCCUCCCAGGUUACCACUGAAAAUGCCAUGCCACACUCUGCUCUAUGUUUAUAACCUACCAGCCAACAAAGACGGCAAGAGCAUCAGCAACAGGCUCAGACGCCUGUCCGAUAACUGUGGCGGGAAAGUGCUGAACAUCACAGGCUGCAGCGCCAUCCUCCGCUUCAUAAACCGAGACAGCGCGGAACGGGCUCUGAAGCGAAUGGAAAAUGAAGAUGUCUUUGGUAACAGGAUCAUCGUGUCAUUUACUCCAAAAAGCGGCGAACUCUGUGAAACCAAGAGUUCAAAUGCAAUUGCUGAUAAAGUGAAGUCUCCUAAGAAACUUAAGAAUCCAAAACUGUGCCUCAUCAAAGAUAUAAGUGAGUCACCUUCCAGUGCCAAAGCUGCACCUGGAAAAGGGUCGCAGGCGAAUUCUGGAUCUGCUCCCAAAAACACCAGUGUGAAAAGUUUACAGGAGCUGUGCCGCCUGGAGUCGAAGACUGGCACUCGAAGCAGUGAGCCCCAGCAAGGCCACCUGAGGCCGGGGGUGCCUCCUCACAGAAACUUAAGUGCUGCAGCGCCCGCACCUAAAACCCCAGGGUUGGCAGAAUCUGUUUACAAAACCAAUCCCAAGAAAGAGAACCUCAGCGCCCGCAGUGUUACCAGUUCUCCUGUGGAGAAAAAAGAGAGAGAGGAGACUCUGUUUCAAGUGAGUUACCCGUCUGCUUUUAGCAAGUUGAUCGCAUCCAGGCAAGUGAGCCCCCUGCUCACGGCUCAGCCUUGGUCUUCUCGGAGUCUGUCUCCAAACCUCUUAAACAGAGCAUCCCCGCUUGCUUUCAACGCUGCGCAUUCGAGCGUUGGUGCUGACUGCCCAGACCCAUUCGCGCAUGGUGUUGACGUCCAGAUCAGCAACCUGGACUACAGGUUGUCCCGGAAGGAGCUGCAGCAGCUCAUGCAGGAAGCAUUUUCUAGGCACGGCAAGGUGAAGAGCGUUGAGCUCAGCCCCCACACAGAUUAUCAGCUCAAAGCUGUGGUUCAGAUGGAGAACUUACAAGAAGCUAUUGGUGCAGUGAAUAGCCUCCACAGAUACAAAAUUGGCAGCAAGAAAAUCCUGGUCUCACUUGCCACAGGAGCUGCUAAUAAAUCACUCUCUUUACUGAGCGCAGAAACAAUGUCCAUUCUUCAGGAUGCUCCUGCCUGUUGUCUGCCUCUUUUUAAAUUUACAGAUAUCUAUGAAAAGAAGUUUGGACACAGGUUGAAUGUGUCAGAUCUGUAUAAACUAACAGACACGGUUGCAAUCCGUGAACAAGGAAAUGGCAGACUGGUGUGUCUCUUACCCAGCAGUCAGGCCCGCCAGAGCCCCUUGGGGUCUUCCCAGUCUCAUGACGGUUCCUCGACAAACUGCAGCCCAAUUAUAUUUGAAGAGUUAGAAUAUCACGAGCCUGUCUGCAGGCAGCACUGUCCCAACAAGGAUUUCAGUGAACACGAAUUUGAUCCAGACUCUUACAAGAUUCCUUUUGUGAUUCUCUCUCUGAAGACGUUUGCACCCCAGGUCCAUAGUCUUCUGCAGACACACGAGGGCACCGUGCCUUUAUUAAGUUUUCCAGAUUGUUAUGCCGCAGAGUUUGGUGAACUGGAAAUAGUGCAGGAAAACCGAGGUGGGGGCGUCCCCUUGGAACACCUCAUCACCUGCGUGCCAGGUGUGAACAUCGCUACCGCACAGAAUGGUGUCAAAGUAGUUAAGUGGAUUCACAACAAGCCCCCGCCUCCAAACACAGACCCUUGGCUUCUGCGUUCUAAAAGUCCUGUGGGUAACCCCCAGCUGAUCCAGUUCAGUAGAGAAGUGAUCGAUCUAUUGAAGAACCAACCAUCCUGUGUCAUACCGAUUAGUAACUUCAUCCCAUCUUACCAUCAUCAUUUUGCAAAGCAGUGCCGGGUAUCCGACUAUGGCUAUUCCAAGCUGAUUGAAUUAUUAGAAGCAGUGCCUCAUGUGUUGCAGAUUCUUGGAAUGGGCUCCAAACGUCUGCUGACCCUUACCCACAGGGCCCAGGUGAAGCGCUUUACUCAGGAUCUACUCAAACUUCUCAAAUCCCAAGCCAGCAAACAAGUCAUUGUGAGAGAAUUCGCACAGGCUUAUCAUUGGUGUUUCUCAAAGGACUGGGAUGUCACUGAAUAUGGUGUUUGUGAGUUGAUUGAUAUCAUAUCAGAGAUCCCAGAUACCACCAUCUGCUUGUCCCAACAAGAUAGUGAAGCAGUGAUUUGUAUCCCCAGGAGAGAACGUACUCAGGAUGAAAUAGAAAGGACAAAACAGUUCUCCAAAGAUGUUGUGGAUUUGCUGCGGCAUCAACCCCAUUUCCGGAUGCCCUUUAAUAAGUUUAUCCCCUCUUACCAUCACCACUUCGGCCGGCAGUGCAAACUUGCAUACUAUGGUUUUACCAAACUACUUGAACUUUUUGAAGCCAUACCUGAUAUUUUACAAGUAUUAGAAUGUGGAGAAGAGAAGAUCCUCACUUUGACAGAGGUUGAACGAUUCAAAGCUCUAGCUGCCCAGUUCGUUAAACUCCUUCGGUCCCAAAAAGAUAACUGCCUUAUGAUGACAGAUCUGCUUAAGGAAUACGCCAAGACUUUUGGUUACACGUUUCGUCUCCAAGACUACGAUGUCAGUUCAGUUUCGGCUUUAACACAGAAACUCUGCCAUGUCGUAAAGGUUGCUGAUAUGGAAUCUGGCAAACAGAUUCAGCUGAUCAACCGCAAGUCUCUGCGUGCUCUCACUGCCCAGCUGCUAGUGUUGUUGAUGUCUUGGGAGGGAACCACCCAUCUUUCUGUCGAUGAGCUCAAGAGACACUAUGAAAGCACCCACAGCACUCCUCUCAACCCCUGUGAAUAUGGGUUCAUGACCUUGACCGAACUUCUGAAGAGUCUGCCUUACUUAGUUGAGGUUUUUACUAAUGACAAGACAGAGGAGUGCGUGAAGCUCACAAGUCUCUAUUUGUUUGCCAAGAACGUUCGGUCUUUGCUUCAUACUUACCACUACCAGCAGCUUUUCCUUCAUGAAUUUUCCAUGGCCUAUACCAAGUAUGUCGGAGAAACACUGCAGCCCAAGACAUACGGCUUCGGUAGUGUGGAGGAGCUGUUGGGAGCCAUCCCGCAGGUGGUCUGGAUAAAAGGACAUGGUCAUAAGAGAAUUGUAGUGUUAAAAAAUGACAUGAAAAGUCGCAUGAGUUCCCUCGGUCUUCCCCCUGCCAGUCACGAGACCCAGCCCUCAGCUCCCGAGCGCAUCCUGGAGGUGCCCGAGUCUCCCCCGGCCUCGGAACUCAGACUCGGAGUGGGUGGCGACGGGCCCCAUCCUGCGGAGCAGGAGCUCCUGCGCCUGACCAACGACUCCCCGGUGGACCUCCUGUGCGCGCCCGUCCCCUCCUGCCUGCCAUCCCCGCAGCUGAGGCCGGAUCCCGUGGUCCUCCAGGCUGCCGAUCUCAUCUGGUUUGAGGAGCAUCCUCAGGAGCCUUCAGAAAUUAUGAUUUUAAACCAAGAAGAGAAAAUUGAAAUUCCAGUACCAAUAAAGAACGAAAACCUGCCCCCUGAUCCGAGCUCACCCGGCGUGUUGGCAGCUGUCCCAGCGCCUCCCAGCCCCUCCUCGGAAACCCCAGAGUCGCUGCUCAGCAAGGACCCCAUGGAAAGCCCAGCCAAAAAGCAACCCAAAAAUAGAGUAAAAUUGGCAGCCAACUUUUCCUUUGCACCUAUAACCAAGCUUUGA